AUGGACGAUGGAAAUUUGCGGAGUAUCGAUGCCGCCACGUUUGUCUGGAAGGGCCCGAUGGCGGGCAUAGUGGAAACGGGUUCCAAGUCGUGGAAAGUGGAUGCUUUUAUCGAGAGUGAAUGGUAUCAGAACAUCGCACGAAAGUACGAUUCCUCUUAA